UGUGUGCCACAGACGCGUUCCAAACAUUCCGCGAAGUUGUUUGCGAAGGUAUUUGAAAUUGAAAUAUUUCAGCCAGCUUUGUGAUUUUCCGCCCAACGCAGUGGAGCGAUGCCGAAGGAAAACGAGACGCUCGAGAUCGAUAGUAAGGAAAACCUAGGGAUGAGGGUGAAACGGAAGCGCAAAAAUGCGCACCCGGUGCGUAAGUAUUUCGCCCGCUCGGGGGAAACGCAGCAAAAGUGCACCUUCUGCGGCUGGCACACGGUGGAGAAUGCGACGCGGAUGGUGCAGCACAUCGCGAACCGUUGCGCGGACGUGCCGGACGCGGUGCGGAACGAGAUCGCCGGCACGAUGCUGGACGCGGAAGAGCGGCUGCAGCAGUCGUCCUUCACGAACCACAACAAGAAAGCGAUCCACAACUACUUCCGCUCCAUCGACAACGAUCGGAAGCGCUGCUGUGUGUUUUGCAAGUGGACCACGGUCCUGAACCUGACCCGGAUGCGGCAGCACAUUACGCAGGCCUGCCACAGCGUCCCGACCGACAUCCAGCAGAGCUUCAUCAAGCAGGACUACAUGGACGAGUCGGAGUGUGACACGUACUGCAUCAUCAAUGUGGACGAUGGCGAUCGCAAGGGGCUGCAGGUGGUGUCUAGCAGCGCGCUCGAUUCGUCCAACAAUGAGGGCGAACAGAUCCAGGAGGUGGUCAUCAAUGCGGAGGACGACUACGACACAAAGGAGGAGGGGGCGUUAACGUUCUACGAGGAAACCGUGCUGGAUACGAUCGCCGAGCUAAAUGCGGCCGACGAGGACAGUGUGGGGCCCACGAAGCUGGAAAACGAACACACGGAGGUGGAGUUGUUAGAAGGCGAGCAGGUGGGCGAGGAGCUGGAACAUGUGGAGCUGGACGAAAUCGAUGAUCUGGAGUACGUGCAUAUACCGGAAGGACGAUACUACACGGUGAACAAAGGCAACGCCGAGAAGCGGCAAUUGUCGGCCAAAUCCUCCUCCAAGGACGAGGAGCUGGACGAACCGGUAGCUAAAAGGCGUCCCGAGGUGAAAGUUGUGACGAGUCGAUCGCUUCAGCAAAAGUCCCAGUCCAGUCGAGAGGAACAGAUCAGAAAGCUUCGCACGCGAUUCAAUGUGGCCGAAGCAUUGAGAAAGUCGAUACUCGUGAAGAAGGAGCCCGAAAAGCCUUUACCGACGAGAAGCUCCUCAAUGGUACCCAAAAAUGAAAAGCAACAAAACGACGCCCAACCGCGACCUCGAAGUAAGACGAGCUCCUCCACGGCUACUACCACCCAGCAGCAGCAGCAGCCGAAGAGUCCGCAGGAAACGAAGAAACCGAUGGCCACCUCGACUCCGUUCGUCAAACCCGCUCGUCAACAGCAGCAGGAGGGUGACGGUGCGGUGGCGGAUGAGCCCGGCUCCUGCCAUUCGUUCGGCGGUGGGCAUGUGUACCCGCAGGAGGCGCCCCGCUUCGUCGACCACAAGCUGCAGUACACGAAGGCGGUCAUCUCCCGGCCAGCGCCCGCGUUCGAGGCCACCGCCGUCGUGGACGGUGCGUUCAAGAAGAUCAAGCUGUCGGACUACCGUGGCAAGUAUCUGGUGUUCUUCUUCUACCCACUCGACUUUACGUUCGUGUGUCCGACGGAGAUUUUGGCCUUCUCCGACCGGGUGAACGAGUUCAAGAAGCUGAACGCGGAGGUGAUUGCGGCCAGCAUCGAUUCGCACUUCACGCAUCUGGCCUGGAUCAACACGCCGCGCAAGGAGGGCGGGCUGGGCAAGAUCAACAUUCCGCUCGUGAGCGACAUCACGCACAGCAUCUCGAAGGAUUACGGUGUGUUUUUGGACGAUCUGGGCCACACCCUGCGUGGUCUGUUCAUCAUCGACGAUCGCGGUGUGCUGAGACAGAUUACCAUGAACGAUCUGCCGGUUGGUCGUUCCGUGGAUGAGACGCUCCGGUUAGUGCAAGCAUUCCAGUACACGGAUAAGCAUGGUGAGGUGUGCCCCGCCGGAUGGAAGCCGGGCCAGGAUACGAUCGUCCCCAAUCCGGAGGAAAAGAUUAAAUAUUUUGAGAAAAAUCAUUGACGAUAGCGUGGGGAGAGGAGUUUGCUGUAAAACGCGAAAGAUUUUAUGUUGGAUUUAAUGAAUUUUGUCCCUUUGUUGCCAACGAAAACAAUCAGCAGCGCCGGUGGAUGAGAGACUGUGAAGUGAUCUUCAAGAAGAAAGUAUGAAUUAAAUAAAGGUUUUACUUAACCAUCGUAAGGAAA